ACCUUGGGAAAAUCAGUCUAAUAAAGGGGCUAAAGAAAAAAAAUGUGAGGGACCAUAGAUACAAAAAUAUGAACAUUCAUAAUAGCCUGAAAUGAGCGUUUUCCAAACAAUUCAUCCCCAGGGUGUCAUGGCAGAACUCAAUGCUGAAAUCACGCUACACAUCUCUGUUCUCGGAUUGCAUGGCCCAUACUCUGGUCAACUGUUCCCCAUUCUUGAAUUUUGUUUCUAAAACUCAAAUUUCAAGUCGUCUUGAUCAACCUUUUACUCGCAUAAUGAUAACAGUCUCAAUGUUAGUGGUGCAACAUUGGACUUGCUAAUUAGGUAUCUCUGAAGUAAUGUGGGAGCUGUGAGCAUCUUUGUCUAAAUAAUUUAUCAAGCAAACUUGCCUCGCUCCGUGUUCGUUCCUCGGCCUUCAAGCUCUGUUCCAGGAGGAAACUGGGCUUGUAGUGUUCUUGUCUCGGGGGAAAAAGGUGCAAAAUCUCAGCAGGAUCACUCCACGUGCACCCACGUAGAGGGGAAACUGACCUCAAUUAUGCUCAUGUUCAGGAGAGUUAUCCAACCUCGCGAAUAGCCACAUAAAUAUGCCUUGUGGAGAUCUGUGCGAUUGGCUUUUGGAUUUAGUGUUCAAGUAUGAGCAAGAAAACACCAUGGUGGACUUCAUAGCCAGUGACGAUGGUGAGGUCCGGAUCCGAGAUGGCAACUCGCCCAACGACAAAAUGAGAGACUCUCCAAGAAGAACCCGCGGCAAUGUGGACCAUGUGCCGUACACAAGGAACCAGUUGAAGCAACUUUAUAAUCGGCAUGGAUUCAAUUUGGCCAUUUUUCGAAAUGGCAGAGUUCGAGGAGUCCUGGAAGCAUUCAAUCCUAAUGCAGUGGUCGCAGUAAUGUCUGUCGCAAUGGGUGAAGUGCAAAUUCUUGGAGUAGAAUCGGGCAAUUAUUUAGCCAUGACUGAAGACGGGAAGUUGUUUGGAGAGCCCGAUCCCACACAGACGAGCACAGUAUUCUACGUGCAAACUCACGCCAGCUAUUUAACCUAUUUAAGCAAAAAGUAUUCGCAUAUGGGAUGGCAUGUUGGGAUCAAGAAGAACGGAGAAGUUAAAAAUGGGAAGAUGACACUGCAUCCAUGGGGACAACGAGCCAUUUUGUUCUCACUCAGGAAACCUUUCGUCGAGCAUCAUCCUGUAAGGCUUAUCAAGAACAGACACGGUUUUUACUUGGCCAUUUUCAAAGAUGGCACUGUCAAAGGUACCAAGGACGAAAACGAUCCGCAUUCAGUAUUGGAGUUCACGUCCAGUGAUCCACCAGGAGCUUUUCGAAUUCAUGGGGUUGAGGCCGAUCUGUACGUGGCUAUGGAUGAAAAGGGUCGAGUGUAUGGGGAGAAAAACCGCCAACAUGAAGGAACCUUGUUCCAAGAGCACGCACAGGGUGUUUACUUUGUUUAUCUGAAUGUGCAUUCGGCUCAUUUGGGAUGGCAUUUGGGCAUUAAGAAAUCGGGAAAGGUCAAAAACGGAAAGAAAACGUGGAAUCCUAGUAGUCAAAAGGCGAUUCAAUUCUCACAUAAAUUCUCAUUUCAAACUACAAGACCCAUCGACCAGGGCUUUCCAUUUGGUGAAAAAAUCCCUCCUUUGGCUUUUAUUGAUGAAGAUGUCGUGGACCGUGAUCAUUGAAUAAAAAGCAAUGUACAUUUUCAAAUAAACACGGAAAUCUUGGUAUGUC